CCACUUUCAAAAAAAAUGAAAAACGAAAAUAAUUUCACUUUAACGUUGGGUGCCGCCUCUUCCUCCCCACAGUCCGACGAUGCUGCAACUCUUCUUCCCAUCAGCUGAGCCACUAUCGCCACCAGUGAUGUGGGUGUUAUCUAGGAGGCUCCUUCAUCGAUGUAACUUCCGGUAAAAUUUCUAUCUUUCUCUGUUAUAAUCUCUGCUACAUUUUCUGUUCUAUUGGAAGCUAACGGCAUUUUGAACCAGAAAAUAUGAUUCCUUACUGUAAUUUUUAUCAAUAAGAGCUAUGUUAUUUAUUAAGCUAGUUUAAGGGAAAAGCAAAGUGAAAAAGAUUGUCUUUUGCUAAGUUCCUAUUACUUAAAGUACCAAACUUUGUGGCAUCUUAACCCCCCUAUUUUGUGUUGUGUUACUAUUGAUAUUUUUACAUAGCAUGAUUCCAAGAAUGGUGGUUAAACAUAACUGACUGAAUGAUACAAUAUGGAUUUUUCAUUAUUUAUGGGUUGUACUUCAUUUACACUGGGUUAUACAUGGAAAUAGUUGCUGAGGGAAGACCAAAUUUUGUAUAAGUAAUUUUAAAGAUUCAUUGGAAAAUAUGAAAAGUUUUCUAUAACAUGAUAACUUAGAUGAUUAUUGAUCCUGAAAUGUAAAGGUUUCUGGGAAACUGUGUUCAAAAUCUCAACGUCUUUAGAGUGAAAUACUGAAAUACCUUUUCAUCUUGGCAGCUGGCUGCACAAUAUAUGUUCGUACGGCUAAAAUAUUUGUAAUCUUAGAUUAAGUGACUGCAACUUGGUCUUUUGUUAUGGAUUAGUUUGAGUAGGGUCUGACCUUUGAGCGUUUGGCUCUUCAGCUUCCUAGUUUUGAAGGCUUCAUUUAUGCAUACUUUGUUCUCUGUUUUCUGAUGUAAUGUGGAUUUGUUCUUGAUAGAAAGAAAGUUACUGUUUCACUGAUAAUUACUCUGUCUACUGAAAUCCUUUACAUAUAGCAUAAGCAUCUGUUGAGUAAGUACAUUUCAGCCCAGCUGCUCAAUUUCGUUUAUUGCCAGUAGAGGAAUGUAAGCGGUAUAGAUGAGAACGUAGGGUGAUAAAACACAAUUGAAAAGGGAGAUCUUGAGUUAGAUGAGGAAAAGAAAUAAUUGAAACAAAUCAGUAAAGAAACUGUAUAUUUUACACCAAAUUAAUCAAAAUAUAUGUGUGCAUGAAUGUUGACAUGCAAUAGCAUAUAACUGUUUGAUGUAAUUAUAUAUGGUCCUCUAUUGGAUUUUAUUGGGUAGAAUCAACAGGAUUUUGUUGGUAAUCCUUGUUGUUAACAUCCGUUCAUAUGUUCAUCCAUGUCGUGCAACAAAUCCUCCGCUUCUUUUACUUUCUUUUCCUUAACGAGACCACGCAGAACCACAGUAUAAUCAUAAGCAAUAAGAGGAAAAUUUCUUUGUCUCCAUGUGAGCAACAUUUGAAGACCCAAACCUGAGUAUCCUUCAGAGCAAAGCCCUUCGAGUAAAUGGCUAUGAGCAAAGUUAUUUUGGGCCACACCCGCUUCCUCCAUUUGGUGCCAUAAUUCAAGGUUAUUGUCAAGCUGGAGAUAUCAUCGAAGCUUUGGCUUUACAACGUGAAAUGGUAUCUAAAAAUGUGAAAACAAAUUGUGUGAUCGUGAGCUCAAUUCUUCAAUGCUUUUGUCAAACAGGAAGGUUUAGGGGGGUAGUAGACCACUUCAAAGGCUUUCAAAAGUUGGGAAUUUACCUUGAUGAAAUUGUGCAUAAUAUUGUACUUGAUGCCUUAUGCAAACUCGGAAAAGAGAAAAAGGCAGUGAGAACUUUAAGGGAUAUUGUCUCCGUUGGUGGGAAGGUAAAAGAGGCUAAAAAGUUCUUUGACAGUUUGGAGGAAAAUGCAUGGAAAAUUAUUUGGCCAUGAUAGAUGGUUAUUGUGAACACCAUGCAGAACGGGCUUAUGAACUUCUCCUUGAGCUUAGGGAGGCGACGAGUUCCACUAAAAAGAAGUUGUCGGACACUUGUGGACGGCCUUCUCAUGGAAGGUGAAGUUUUCUUCUUGUACGCAGAUGAUGAACCUUGUAGGACAAUGCUUGAUAAAGUAAUUACUGGUCUCUGCAGGUCGGGAGCGAUCAAGAAGGCAAGGUGGGUGUUUGAUAAUCUUAUACUCAGGGGUAUGUCUCCAGAUGUGGUUAUUUAUACGAUAAUGUUGGAUGGGUAUUGUAAACAGUAUCAAUUGGAUGAAGCUUGUGUCCUUUUCGAAGAUAUGAAGCGUAGGGGUAUAACUCCUGAUGUUGUCACAUACGCUGUUUUGUUUAAAGGAUGCUCCAGAUGUGACAGCAGAAAAGACUUCCAUUCUCGGAUCCUUUGGGCAGAAAUGAAAGUAAAGGGUAGAAAAGCUGAUGUUAUUUGCUAUAAUGUUUUGAUCAAGUCGAACAAUAUGCAGGUUGCUCUUGAACUUUUCGAAGAAAUGAUUGACAAUGGCCUAGUACCUGAUGUGGUGACUUAUGAUACUCUAUUGUACGGCUGCUACAAAAGUGGAUGUCUUAAGACGGCAAUAAAGGUUGCCAAUGAAAUGAUUUCGAAGGGAAUAGAACUAAACAACUGGGACAUUUCUAAUUUACACCAAGGAAUCUUUAAAAACAAGGCCAAGAAGUUCAGUUAUUCGUCGCAAAAAGGGGAAAUAGUCAGAGGGAAAAGCUGAUAGCUGGUAUUACUGUUGAAGUGUUGAUAUGGUAAAUAGGAAAAGCAGAUUGUAUGAUGGAUACGAUUACCAACCGAAGGGGGUUGCCAAAAGUAUGUAAAAUGUAUCGCGGCUCUUGAAAGAUUGCAUAAUACUCCCCUCCAUAUCGGUCUUAUUUAGAAGGCACAAAUUAUGUAGUGAGUGUAGGUUUAGAUUUUGUACCGGAGGAAAGAUGCAGAAACAGAUUAGAAACAGCUAAGCAUGUCGAGUGAUAGAGGAAGGAUGGGAGGAAACAAUAUACAGUAGUUUUUGUAAAUAACAAUUGUUGAAGGUG